ACAUGCCGUAAAGUGGGCUUGCUUCCGGCUGGGGCUGACGGGAGGUCCGGGGCCUCGUGUGAGGCAUCUAGGACUCGGAGCCCGUGGAUGCCAGUUCCAUCUCCAGCCCCUCCGUCCGCCCGGCCUCCCAGGGACCCGCCGUCUCCUCCGGCCGGCACCCAGCGUCCCCAAGAUGUUCAAAAAGUUUGAUGAAAAGGAGAACGUAUCCAACUGCAUCCAGCUGAAGACAUCAGUUAUUAAAGGCAUUAAGAACCAACUGAUAGAUCAGUUUCCUGGCAUUGAACCAUGGCUUAACCAAAUUAUGCCAAAGAAAGAUCCUGUCAAAAUAGUAAGAUGUCAUGAACAUAUAGAAAUCCUCACGGUAAAUGGAGAGUUACUGUUCUUCAGGCAAAGAGAAGGGACAUUUUACCCAACGCUAAGGUUACUUCACAAAUAUCCAUUUAUUUUACCACAUCAGCAGGUUGAUAAAGGAGCCAUUAAAUUUGUACUCAGUGGAGCGAAUAUAAUGUGUCCUGGCCUGACCUCUCCUGGAGCGAAACUUUACCCUGCUGCUGUUGAUACAGUUGUUGCAAUAAUGGCAGAAGGAAAACAACAUGCACUGUGUGUUGGAGUCAUGAAGAUGUCAGCUGAGGACAUUGAGAAAGUCAACAAAGGAAUUGGCAUUGAAAAUAUCCAUUAUUUAAAUGAUGGCCUCUGGCAUAUGAAGACAUAUAAGUGAAGCAAAAGAAACUGUGUGACCCCAAAGGAAUGCACUUAGAGUAAAUGGACUGCUUUGUAAUUCCUUUUGUUUUUAAUGUGACUGAAUGUACAAAUUUAUUUUGUUCAGUGGCUACGCUAAAUAAAUCAAGUGAAUGCUAAAGUCCUGUUAGCGGCAAUAGUUUUCUAGACUUUAUUACAGUUCUUAAGCUUUUAUCCUAAACCCAUGUUGUCAGAAUGCUUGAAGAUUAUAUCUGAUGAAAAGGUCAUAUGUGAACAGUGAAUAGAACACUUCCUGCUAGGAAGAGAGAAAGCUAACAGGUGUAAAAUUUUGUGCUCUCUCCUAGCACAGUAAUUUAAAUUGGAUUUAGGAUAUAUUUAAUGCUUUUGUAUAUAAAAUUUCUAAAAUGUGUUAAUGCAUUUACUUUUGAUAAUAGGCAGCCUAGAAGGAUGAAAAGUUAGAAACUGUAACAACACACAAACUGGAUGUUUCUAUGUUCCAUAUACUUUGUGUCAAAUUCUAAUUUAACUUAUUGUCCAACAGUAAUGGUUUGAAUGUUUUACUCAGCUGAGUGGCCAUUUUUUAAGAUGCAAUUAGUUUUAUGGACUAUAAACCAAACACUGGAUUGUGAGACACGUGACAUCACCAGGAUAUGCUAUUUAAAUGAUCAUUUACCACACAAUAUUUGAGAUCAGUUUUUCCCUGCAUUGAAAAUCUAUAGUAACUGAGGAAACUUUAAAUGGCUACAGUGGUAAGGGCUAACAGAUCCUGUAACCAGAAGUUAGUAUUUCUGGGCCAAAUUUUAAAAGGAGUAUCAACUAGGCCUCCAUUUGUGCACCCUAUCACCUGCACAUGUGCUGUUACUACUAAUAAAUGGGGACUGCAUGCACAGACUCAUCCUCUGUAUUUAAGUGAUUGUGCAUGCAGAAAGAAUGUUGUCGUGUGGAAACAUCUGAGGUCUCUACCACUCAUGGAAUGACCAGAGUAAUAACUCUACAUGGCUCAUCGUUGGAAGGAUUUAUUAAUAUUGUAAAUCUUCUUAUUUGUAUUUGCAGUUUUUAAUUUUGUAUCAAAUGGCUUCUGUCUCAUUCUA